AUGGGUUGGCUGACCGCAGUGACCGGCUAUGCCGCGCCCGUCUUCCUGAUGAUGUCGCCCCUCCUGUCCUAUGGCGACCAGGUUGUGUCGAUGCACCGGAACUGCUCGAGCGCCGGCUUCUCUCUGGACAUUCCGCUGAUUAUGCUGGUGGCAUCCAUUCUCCGCAUUUUCUACUAUCCCGGCGCACACUUUGACGUUGCCCUUCUGAUUCAGUCGUGCAUUAUGGUAGCCGUGCAGGUGCUUCUUCUCAAGGUGGCCCUGGACCACCGGCCGGCGCCGUCAUCCAAAGGCGGCGAGGGCGCCCUGCCGUUUGCCGGCCUGGAGCCGGGCAAGCACAGCAGCAGCGGCGGUGGAAUUUUUGCGAAGCGGCCAUACAACUUUUGGCAGUGGCGGUCGCAGAAACCGUACUGGCAUUUUCUGCUGUGCAUGUUUGUCACGUGCGUCGUGUUGGAGCUCGUGCUAUCAUUGUUCCCGGCCGUCUACCCGGCCUACUCGGCGCUCAUCGGCUACGUCGGGCUGUCGGUGGAGGCGACGCUGCCGCUGCCGCAGAUCCGGGCCAACGCGCAGGCACGGUCCUGCCGCGGGUUCCGGCCGUCGGUCCUGAUCCCAUGGUCCUUCAAGCUGUGCGGCCUCUUCCAGGCCACCUGCGACGCCAUCCUGGCGCUACAGUACUUUGUGUACGGCAACGGCGCCGGCGACCUCGUCAGCAUCCAGCUCAAGGACCGCGACCGGGACGACUGGCCGGCCUCGGCCGCGACUACACCCGUCACGGAUAAGGUGUUCUGA